AUGGCAGAUGUUCCAGAGACGCAGACUGUCCUCAUCCUUCAUGCGGCAAAGCAGCCGUAUGAGACAGCGGAUGGAUAUCAAGUGCCCCAACUCCAAGAUGAGCGGGAGGUGCUCGUGAGGACAGAGCACAUUGGUCUGAACCCGAUCGAUUGGAAAGCGCCUGACUUCAACUUCGCGAUACCUACGCUUCCCUACAUCUCGGGAAGAGAACUCGUUGGCCGUGUAGUGCGUCGCCCCAACGAUUCGCAAAGUCGUCUGCAAAACGGAGACCAGGUCCUCGUAAUCUCAACAGACUACCGCGACCUGAGAAAAGCAGCCUACCAGCAAUAUGUUGCGACGUCCGACUUUAACGCCGUCCGCAUACCCUCCAAUGUCUCCCCACCCGCCGGUGCUACCCUCGGCGUCGCCUUCGUGGCAGCCGUCCUGUCCCUUGGCAUUUGCAUGGGCAUUGACUUCUCCAACGUCCUGGGAGGCCCGGACUUGCUCCAGCUGGUACGCUCCAUCCCGCCCGAGUCUCUACCCAAGGACAUCAGGGACGAGUGUCUGUCGGGGAUCCGCGAUCACGAGAGGGCUGUAGCUGGUGAUUGGGUUGUCAUCUGGGGCGGCUCGUCGACGUCCGCCAACCUGGCCGUGCAGCUGGCGCGCCUGGCGGGUCUGAAGGUCGUGACCGUUGUCGACAAGCUGCGGCACGGACUGCGGCUAUCGAACCACACCGUGCUGCGGCCGGAUCUGUUGGUGGACAGCCAUGACCCCUCGCGGGCGAUAGACAUCAUCCGCGCCAACGUGGGCAAGAACCUGCGUUUCGCGCUCGACACCUCCGGCCGCGAGUCCGCUGGCUGGCUCCUCCGUGCUCUGGCGCCUGAGAAGGCCGGGGCGCCGCCUAGCCCGCCCGAUACUCCGCUGAAUGCAAACCCGUCACUGAAGCAUCUCAUCGGCCUGACGGGCCUGCCAAAAGAACAGGCGCCUCAGGCAGUCGCCUACCACACUGUCCCGAUCAAGGUCUUCCACGAGGUCCCCGCUAUUGGUGAGGCACUGGUGUUGUGGCUGGAGCGUCUUUUGGAAAGUGGGCUCGUCAGCCCACCAGAGGUUCUUGGGGUCGAACAAGGUUUUGAGGGGAUCAACCGCGGCCUUGAUCGGAUGAGACGGGGCGAGAUCCGCGGUGGUAGAAUGGUUGUCAGCCUAGAGACUGAGAAGUCUGAGGCUGGGUUCGUAAGAGAACCUAGUGCAGCACCUGCGCUGGUUGAUUCUCCACCAUUUGAGAAGACUGCGACUUCAUCGCCAUCUUCAAGCCCCGAGUUUACCGCCGUCGAGCCUGACUUGAGAAGGCGAAGCGCAACUCUCUGGCAAGGAGGGUCGUCGGCGGAUGCCGUACCAAGACAUAUUCCAGACGGCGGCAUUUCAGCGGAGAACGCCGCGGUUCGUCAGCGGCUUCCGCCUGAGCUUAUCUUGCACAUUAUUGAGAGUCUUCUCCCGCCGAACGAAGCAGCGAUUCUUCCGGCUUCAUCGAGUGCGACAAAGACGCUUAUAUCGUUCACGCUUGUAUCUCGGUCAACUUAUGACUUUGCCAGCCGCCUUCUUCGUCAACGAUAUAUGCACAUUGACUCAAGCCGCCGCCUGAGUCUGGUUUUAUUAAGUAUACCAGAACCGCCACUGGCGACUCUACCGCCAACAUUCUCCCUGAAAUGCAUCACGUCGCUCUAUCUAAGUCCUUUUGGCAAGACGCUGGACGAUAAGCCUCUAGCUCUGUGGGUUCGAGAGCUAUUCUGCGAGGUCUGUAUGACCCUCCGACGGCUGGUGGUCGACUUGCCCUUGGACACCUUAUCCGCCUAUGACGAUCAUUUGGACAUAAGGCCGACUUUGCUAGACGGGUUCAGUCGGCUCACCAAGUUGGAAGAGUUGGUGUUUUUACGCCACUUUCCAGGAUCCAUGGUCAAGCCGACAUCCGACACUGUGGAUCGUUGGAGCUUAUGGCCUCAGCUGAAGCGUGUAGUGCUGUUCACGGCUCCCGUGGAUAGUCACUGGCUAUGGUAUGACAUUGCCAGCUCCCACUUCCUGAGGGAGGUAGUGCUUGUGCGGCCACAAAACUUGGCAGGAACGAAUAUCAAGGAAAUGCUGCGCAACGAGUGGGAUUCCAAUUCCAUCCUCAUCCCCCGGCAGGUCCAGGUCACACUGGCUGACGUUGAGAAUGAUCUUGCGGAAGUGCUGACAACAAGAUGGGCUGAAUAUGAUCCGACUGAGAUGGUGGUGAUCAAGGAGUAUUACGUACCUACAUCUUUUUACGGUGAUGACGAUACCGCUACUCUCUGCUGUGACUGGGUAAAAGCGGCUGCGCUCAGAGGCACCAUUUGGAAUUGGUAG